GAAGGCACCGAGUCUCGACACAACACACAAGUCUCUGCCCCGCUACCGAGGCUCCGGGAGCAGGCUCCCGCGGUGGCAGGAUGGGCAUCCAGGGCCUCACCAAGCUGCUGGGUGAUGCUGCCCCAGGGUGCAUGAAGGAGCAGAAGUUUGAAAACUACUUUGGACGCAAGAUUGCGGUGGACGCAUCCAUGCACAUCUACGCCUUCCUGGUAGUGGUGGGCCGCCAGGGCGACCAGAUGCUGACGAGUGAGACGGGCGAGGUGACCAGCCACCUGCAGGGCAUGUUCUUCCGCACAGUGCGCAUGCUGGAGGCGGGGAUGAAGCCUGUGUUUGUGUUUGAGGGCAAGGCUCCGGAGCUGAAGCGCGAGGAGCUGGCCAAGCGCAGCAACCGGCGUGAGGACGCCAACACCGAGCUGGAGGCGGCAAAGGAGGCGGGAAACGCGGAGGAUGUAGAGAAGUACAGCAAGCGAACGGUGCGCGUGACGCGGGAACACAACGAGGAGUGCAAGCGCCUGCUGCGCCUCAUGGGUGUGCCGGUGCUGGAGGCGCCAAGCGAGGCAGAGGCGCAGUGCGCACAGCUGUGCAAGGACGGGCUGGUGUAUGGCAUCUCUACCGAGGACAUGGAUUCCCUCACCUUUGGCACCCCCAAGCUCAUCCGCCACCUCAUGGCACCCUCCAGCCAGAAGCCUCUGGCCAUGGAGUUUGACCACGAACUGGUGCUCAAGGAGCUGGAGCUGACCGAGGAUCAGUUCAUCGACCUGUGCAUCUUAUGCGGUUGCGACUACACAGCCAAGAUCAGCGGCAUCGGCGCGGUGCGCGCGCUGAGCCUGAUCAAGAAGCACGGCAGCAUUGAGGGGGUGCUGGCGGCGCUGGACUCCAAGAAGUAUCAGAUACCGGAGCCCUUCCCCUACCAGGAGGCGCGCCGCCUGUUCAAGGAGCCGGACGUGGUCAAGGGCGACCAGAUCCCGCAACUCAAGUGGACCUCGCCCGACACAGAGGGCCUGAUCGACUUCCUGGUGAAGGAAAAGACAUUUGCGGAGGACCGCAUCCGCAAGGCGGUAGAACGCAUCAAUGCGGCUAAGGGCAAGGCCAGCCAGGGCCGGUUAGAGAGCUUCUUCGGCCCCGCCAAGGUGGUCAGCAGCACGAUGGGCAAGCGCAAGGAGGUGCCCGUGGCGGCCAAGGGCAAGAAGGGCAGCAGCGGCGCGGCUCCCAAGAAGGGCAAGCUGGGCGGCAUGGGCAAGAAGAAGUAG